AUGGCGACAGCGCCGCGCUCCCACCGCUCACCAGACCAGAGCAAGAAAGAUCUGGAGCGGGAAUUCUUGUCCCCGCCGACCACAUUCAGUCCGGAAUGGCUGAACAAACUUCAGCAGCGGUGGGACUAUCAAUCGCCAGACUACACUGAACUAUGCCAACUAGCCCCUACGCAAACUAGGACUAUUACCCGCUUCACACGUGAAGGCCUUGCAGGCAGAGUGACCGGCUACAAACAGGUUACGAUUCCUGCCUCCAGCGCGACUGCAAAGACUUCCACUUCGCUUCUACGCAGGCCAGCAAGUCGAGCCGACUUUGUUCGCGGGGCUGCUGGCUAUAUGCCCUUUGCUCCGGGUGGAUUGGACGGCGUUGAUGCGAUCCAGGCCUACGAGGAUCAAACACGGCUUGAGGAGGAGAAUCAACCCUCCAAAAAGAAAUCCGGCGCUCUCGACAAAAUCAUCAACUUUGGUGCGCAAGGUGGCUUGCUGGAGAUUCCACCAGGGUUUGCGCGGGGUUUGAAGUUCACUGAAAAGAAACCCUCAGAACAGCAGGAAGCCGAAGAAGUCCAAGACACCUUGCAAGAGGAAGAUGCCGAAGUCGCUGCUACGCUCGAAAACGGCCAGCCAAACGCGGACAGCACGCUCCCGCUCAAGGGUGAUGCCGCGAACAGUGACGACGGAGAUGAAGAUGCCGAAUUGGAUGACUUGUUACCGGUUGAGUUUCCGUCUCUCGAGCCUCACGGCGGACUGCUGUCCACGUCGACCAAGAAGCCCUCUAGGGAAUGGGCUCACGUGGUUGAUGUGAACAAAGACAUUCCCAACUUCCACGAAUUGGUACCCGACAUGGCUCGAACGUGGCCAUUUGAACUGGACACUUUCCAAAAAGAGGCCGUAUACCACCUUGAGAGUGGCGACUCGGUGUUCGUGGCAGCACAUACGUCCGCUGGAAAGACCGUGGUGGCCGAAUACGCCAUUGCAUUAGCUGCAAAGCAUAUGACAAAGGCCAUCUACACCUCUCCCAUCAAAGCCCUGUCCAACCAGAAGUUCCGAGAUUUCAAAACUGUCUUCGACGAUGUGGGCGUCUUGACAGGCGACGUACAAAUCAACCCCGAGGCUAGUUGCCUCAUCAUGACCACCGAGAUCUUGAGGAGCAUGCUCUAUCGUGGUGCUGACCUCAUCCGAGAUGUAGAGUUUGUGAUUUUCGACGAGGUGCAUUAUGUCAAUGACCUGGAACGAGGCGUGGUUUGGGAGGAGGUCAUCAUCAUGUUACCGGAACACAUUACUUUGAUUCUUCUCUCUGCAACUGUGCCCAACACUUACGAGUUUGCUUCUUGGGUCGGCCGCACCAAGAAGAAGAACAUUUAUGUUAUCUCAACUCCCAAGCGGCCUGUUCCCUUGGAGCACUACCUUUGGGCAGGAAAGGAGAUGUACAAGAUCGUCGAUUCGGAGAAGCGAUUCCUCCAACAAGGCUGGAAAGCGGCCAAUGAUGUCUUGUCCGGGGUUGACAAGGCCAAGGAGCAGAAAGCCAUCGAAGCACAAGUGGCAAGUCGCGGUGGAGCCUCGCAGCGAGGAGGUCGUGGGCAGCAGCCUCGUGGCGGAACAAAUCAACGCGGCGGACCAAACCAGCGAGGACGCGGCCAAGCAGCCAAUCGGGGUCAAGGUAAUAUUGCACGAACCGGACGAGGAGGGGGCAGAACGACGGCGGCGCAGGACCGAAAUCUUUGGGUUCAUCUCGUCCAGCAUCUGCGCAAACAGAACCUCCUCCCGGCGUGUAUCUUUGUGUUCUCCAAGAAGCGAUGCGAAGAGAAUGCAGAAUCUCUCUCCAACCAGGACUUUUGCACCGCCACCGAGAAGAGCGCGAUCCACAUGACGAUCGAGAGGUCUCUUGCCAGAUUGAAACCGGAAGACCGCGUCCUACCUCAGAUCCGGCGAUUGCGGGAAAUGCUGGGUCGGGGUGUGGCUGUUCAUCAUGGUGGUCUCCUGCCGAUUGUCAAGGAGAUUGUCGAGAUACUGUUCGCAAAGACUUUGGUAAAGGUCCUGUUCGCAACAGAGACCUUUGCAAUGGGUCUGAACCUUCCAACACGAACAGUGGUGUUUUCAGGGUAUCGCAAGCAUGACGGCCGCGACUUUCGAAAUCUCCUGCCGGGUGAGUACACUCAGAUGGCCGGUCGUGCAGGCCGUCGCGGUCUUGACACGGUCGGUACUGUCAUCCUUGUCACGCCGGGGAAGACGGAAGCGCCCCCUGCGGCCGAAUUGAUACAGAUGAUGACGGGCCCUGCCACCAAGCUGCGUAGUCAGUUUAGGCUCCACUACAACAUGAUCCUCAACCUGAUGCGAGUGGAAGCAUUGAAGAUCGAGGAAAUGAUCAAACGCAGCUUUUCCGAAAACGCCACGCAAGCUUUGUUGCCACAACACGAGAAAGAAGUGGCGCUAUCUCAAGCAAACCUGGACAAGAUCAAACGUGAGCCUUGCGACAUAUGUGACAUUGACUUGGAAGCGUGCCACGAAGCAGCCAUGAGGUACGAACAACUAACCAAGGAACUCCACAUCAAACUACUCUCCUCGCCAGUGGGCCGUCGCCUAUGGACAGCACGAAGAUUGAUCGUGUACAAGAAGGAGGGUAUCCGCAAGGUCGGCAUCUUGCUCGAGGACGGAAUACGAGGAGGCCCAUAUCCGCAUUUGACCGUUCUGGAAAUAUCCGACCCGGAGACGAAGCGGUCGACCCGAGACCUGCUGCCCUACCUCCCACGUCUACGCAUGAUGUUUACUCCGUUACCCGACCAAGCCUCGCAGGUGAAAUGUGGACCCACGCAGGUGUCGUUGGACGACGUGGAAUGUGUUAGCCAAACAAUUGUCAAGGUCAGAGGCCCUCAAUGGUACAUCAAAGUCGCGAAAGUGCAGAAGAGGUUUGCAGAAGAGGACUUUGUCACUCUCUACUCGUCAUGGAUUUCCACGGCUUGGGACGAGCAGGACUGGGGCAAAGUUCACGAGUUGCAGGUCCGUGAGUUGCUGGUUGAGCGGACGAAGAUGGCGCAGAUUGUGCAGACUGCACAGUGUCUCGAAUGCCCGAACUUCUUGAAACAUUACGGCAUGCAGCACGACGAGUGGCUAAUCAAGGAAAACAUCGAGUCAUUGAAGAUGUUGAUGUCCGAUCAGAAUCUGGCCUUGUUGCCGGACUACCAGCAGAGAACCGAAGUCCUGAAAGACCUGGGCUUCAUCGACGAGCAGGCUCGAGUCCAGCUCAAAGGAAAAGUGGCCUGUGAAAUCCACUCGGCCGACGAGUUGGUGCUGACGGAACUUGUUCUGGAGAACGUCCUGGCAUCGUUUGAACCCGAGGAGAUUGUCGCUCUGCUUUCUUCGUUCGUCUUCCAGGAGAAAACCGACAGCGAGCCGCAGCUCAGCGAGAACCUCAAGCGCGGGAAAGAAGCCAUCAUCGAGAUUGCAGAGCGAGUCAACCACUACCAGAUCCUGCAUCAGGUCAUCUUGUCAUCCGAUGACGCCAACGAUUUUGUCUCCCGACCCCGAUUUGGACUGGUCGAAGUUGUGUACGAGUGGGCGAGGGGAAUGUCGUUCAACCGCAUCACGGACCUGACGGAUGUGAUGGAGGGGACGAUUGUGAGGGUGGUGACGAGGCUGGACGAGACGUGUCGCGAGGUCAUGAGUGCGGCCAGGUUGAUUGGAGAUCCGGGACUGUACCAGAAGAUGGAGAAGGCCCGGGAGAUGAUUCGACGAGAUGUCGUGUUUACCGCGAGCCUGUACAUGUGA